CACAUUCAGAGCGUCCCAAGGUUCAUUUCGAAGAAUUGGCUCUUCAGCUGCAGUCAUGGUGAACGGGACAUUAUCUGCUACUGUUGUUCAUAGUUUGUUAUACUUCUUUGUUCCUUGUCCACAUCCUGAGCAGCUGCGUAGCAACAAUAUCGACAUACAGCAGUUUCUGGGGAAAUGGUACUUUCAAUUAGCAGUCAGUCACAAAGAGGCUCACAUCGGGGAGUAUAAUGCAAUAGACAGCUUUGUGAUCACUGCGGAGGAGACGGCCCAAAAGAUGCUGCUGCUGACCGGACAUGUGCGCAAAGGGGAUACCUGCACAAAUCAGACCUGGACCUACCGCAUACGCCCUGAGAGCAAUGACUUUGAAUUGGAAGGGAGGCCACAGCGAUGGACCUUGCUCUGGGAAAGUGAUUCAAAGCACUGCAAAGACUGCAUCCGUAUCCAGGAAAUAGAGCCCCCUCUAGACAGUACAGGCUCGGAGGACAGCCUUGGCAGACACUUGGUGUUUGCUCGAAAGAAGAAGGACGACAGUGAGAUUACACCAAUUCUGGAAAGUCUAGCUUGUCACGGCUUAAAGUAUUAUGUCAAACCAGAUCAAAAGAAAGAGUUUUGCACCUAGACAUUGUCUUCAAGCUGUUGCCAUGGACAUCUUGAAGGAUAACAAGUUUAUUUCACUUGGGUUUUUUUUCUUGUGUCAUGGGGAAAUAAAUAAAGCACAAUUCCAAGUUUUA